AUGCGUGUCUCGGUCUGUCUUCAGGGCCCGCUGCGUCAGCCGACAGUGUACCAGUCCGACUGUGCCAAGCAAUGGACUGCAGCUACCGACAGCUCGUCUUCGAGCCUGGGCGAUCGCUCGACAGUGAAGAGCAGAACCGGCGAACUGCGCAUCAAUUUGGCCGUGAAACUUGCGCGUUUCACAAGCGAGUACGUGGAUUUCAACACGAGGUCGUACAACGGACACGUGCCUGCCCCCACCAUCAAGGUUUGCCCAGGAGACCGCCUAGUUAUAACCCUCACCAACUCACUGGAAGCUGGUAAGAGUAACAACACCAACCUUCACUUGCACGGGGUGCAUGUUCCUCCAGUGGGGGAUGCCGAUAAUGUGAUGCCCAACGUGGAACCGGGAGGACAACGCAGAUAUACGUAUGAGAUUCGACCCGACCACCCGGCAGGAACAUUCUGGUACCAUCCGCAUACGCACGGCAAUGUGAACUCGCAGCUCAACGGGUUGAUGGCAGGUGCGCUCAUUGUGGUGGACCGACCGGCAGAUUUUCCAGCAGAAUUGGCAGCGAUGGAUGAUCUCAUUAUGCUCCUACAAGCGGUCUGUGUCGAGAACUGCUUCAAUAUGUACGACGCUCUCGAAGAAGCGCUUGAGAAUAGGUACAGUCACUCCAGAAGACUUUCACAACAAAUGGACACUCCAGAUGAGGAACGUAUUUGGCCUACAGAUCUAGAAAUUGUCGAGGACGAUGCGGACGUGCCGCUGAACGACACCUCACUGCCCACGGUGUUCGUAAAUGGACAAUACCUCCCCACGUUGGACCUCGCAGUAGGUGAGUACAAGCGACUGCGGUUUAUUAACGCCAUUGCGAACAAUGUGGCUGAGCUCGUGACGAGCCGAGGAAGCGGUUGCAUGCUGAAAGUACUUGCCAUGGACGGGAUCUACCUUACGAAACCCAAGGCGAGGGAAGUGGUUGUGAUCCCACCCGGUGGACGAGCUGAUGUAGCCAUUAUGUGUGCUGAGAUCGGAGAAUUCUACCUCGAAACGGACUGUGCAACGUCGCGCAACAAAUUGCUAGGACUUGAAAACCAGCACCGCGUUCCGUCUCAGCGCAUUGCGAAGCUCAAGGUGUCGAAAGUCGACGAUCCAGACGAUAAUGACGAUAGCGAGAUCUCCAGCGAAUUCAUGCGCCUCCCUUCAACUCUGCCGAAGCGUCCAGCGUAUAUGGAAGAUACACUUGGAACACCCGAAUCUCGUCCCGUGAUCGAGGAGAGCAACAAAUACGACUUCGAGUUCUCAGUGUGGAUGGAUAAGGGGAUCACAUACGGCGUCAACCACGAGAAGCUCGAAUUAUCCAACGUCAAUUACUCGAUGCCUGUGAAUGAGAUGCAGCAAUGGGAAAUCUCGUCAAGCAAUUGCCGUACGAUGAGUCAUCCAUUCCACAUGCACGCGACGCAUUUCCAAGUCUCGGAUAUGGACGACAUUACUGACCCUGACGGCGUUAUGUUUGCCGUGGGGGAAUGGCGUGAUACGUUGCCGAUCUUCCGUGGAGGAGUACAGAUCCGCUUCACGCCACGCGAAUAUAUGGUCGGAAACAUCUUCGCACACUGCCACAUCGCCUCUCAUGUCGACGCUGGUAUGGCGCAGUUAGUGAACGUGUACGACUCCGAUUCUCGUCCAAACGGCGAUGAAGCUGACGAGGAAGAAGAAAGCGCCUCCGAUGAAGUUGAAGAUGAGGAUGAAAGCGAAUCGGAGGAUGCGCAGAAGGUGGAGAAACGAUAA